AUGGUAAAACUCGCCAACCCGCUGUAUACAGAGUGGAUCUUGGAAGCAAUCAAAAAGGUAAAGAAGCAAAAGCAGCGUCCUUCAGAGGAGAGGAUAUGCAAUGCAGUGUCAUCUUCACAUGGUUUGGACCGCAAAACUGUUCUGGAACAGUUAGAGUUGAGUGUUAAAGAUGGAACUAUUUUAAAAGUCUCCAACAAGGGUCUCAACUCCUACAAGGAUCCUGAUAAUCCUGGGAGAAUAGCACUUCCAAAACCUCGGAACCAUGGCAAGUUGGAUGGUAAACCAAACGUGGACUGGAAUAAACUUAUUAAACGGGCAAUUGAGGGCUUGGCUGAGUCUAGUGGCUCAUCCUUGAAGAACAUCGAGCGCUUUCUGAAAGGUCAGAAAGAUGUGUCUGCGUUAUUUGGAGGUAGCACUGCCUCCGUUUUUCACCAGCAAUUACGGUUAGCUGUCAAACGUGCUGUUGGCCAUGGUAGGCUCCUUAAAGAUGGACCUCUAUACCAACUCAACACUAAAGCAACCACUAAUACAGAUGGGAAGGAGAGCUGUGAGUCUCUUUCCUGUCUCCCUCCAGUGUGUCUCCUUCCCCAUGAAAAGGAUAAGCCGGUUGCUGAACCAAUUCCAAUCUGCAGUUUCUGCCUUGGUACAAAAGAGCAAAAUCGGGAGAAGAAACCUGAAGAGCUCAUCUCUUGUGCUGACUGUGGCAACAGUGGUCAUCCGUCCUGUUUGAAGUUCUCCCCAGAGUUGACAGUUCGAGUGAAAGCUUUGCGAUGGCAGUGUAUUGAGUGCAAAACAUGCAGUUCCUGUCGAGAUCAGGGAAAAAAUGCUGAUAACAUGUUAUUUUGUGACUCAUGUGACCGUGGCUUUCACAUGGAGUGCUGUGACCCCCCUCUGACAAGAAUGCCAAAAGGUAUGUGGAUAUGUCAAAUCUGUCGGCCACGGAAGAAAGGAAGAAAACUUUUACACAAGAAGGCAGCACAGAUAAAACGACGCUAUACUAACCCAAUAGGACGUCCUAAAAACAGAUUAAAGAAUCAAAAUACAACAUCAAAAGGCCCUUUCAGCAAAGUCCGAACUGGCCCUGGUCGGGGUCGGAAGCGUAAGAUCACCCUGUCCGGCCAGUCAGCAUCAUCAGAAGGAGGAUACCUGGAGCAGACUGACGUCUUGGACUUCUGCGGAGAUGGCAGCACCACUCUGAAGUUUAACAAGAAAACCAAAGGGCUUAUAGAUGGCCUUACUAAAUUCUUCACUCCUUCCCCUGAUGGACGAAAAGCUCGAGGGGAAGUGGUAGACUAUUCUCAGCAGUACAGGAUCAGGAAAAAGGGUACCAGGAAAUCUAGCACUUCAGAAUGGCCCACAGACAAUCAGGAUGGCUGGGAUGGAAAACAGGAAAAUGAGGAGCGUUUUUUUGGGAGCCAAGAUGUUUUAACUGAAAAAGACAUGGAGUUGUUUAGAGAUAUUCAGGAACAAGCACUGCAGAAAGUAGGGGUGACUGGGCCUCCUGAUCCACAAGUCCGAUGUCCCUCUGUGAUCGAAUUUGGGAAAUACGAGAUCCAGACCUGGUACUCCUCUCCAUAUCCGCAGGAGUACUCAAGGCUACCCAAGUUGUACCUUUGUGAAUUCUGUCUAAAGUAUAUGAAAAGCAGAACUAUUCUCCAACAGCAUAUGAAAAAAUGUGGCUGGUUUCAUCCCCCAGCCAAUGAAAUUUACAGAAAAAACAAUAUUUCAGUCUUUGAGGUUGAUGGCAAUGUCAGCACUAUCUACUGCCAGAAUUUGUGCUUGUUAGCCAAACUCUUCCUGGACCAUAAAACUCUGUAUUAUGAUGUGGAGCCAUUUCUUUUCUACGUGCUGACACAGAAUGAUGUCAAGGGCUGUCACCUUGUUGGCUACUUUUCUAAGGAAAAACACUGCCAACAGAAGUACAAUGUUUCCUGUAUAAUGAUUCUUCCACAAUACCAGCGUAAGGGCUAUGGCAGGUUCCUAAUUGACUUCAGCUAUUUGCUUUCAAAGCGUGAGGGUCAAGCAGGAUCACCAGAGAAGCCUCUAUCAGACCUGGGGCGCCUCUCGUAUAUGGCGUAUUGGAAAAGUGUAAUAUUGGAGUGCCUUUAUCAUCAACGUGACAAGCAGUUAAGCAUCAAAAAAUUGAGUAAGCUGACUGGAAUCUGCCCUCAAGAUAUCACUUCCACUCUGCAUCACCUACGAAUGCUUGACUUCCGUAGUGAUCAAUUUGUGAUCAUUCGUCGGGAGAAACUUAUCCAAGAACAUAUGGCAAAGGUUAGAAAUAAUGUCCGACCUAUAGAUGUGGAUGCAGAAUGUCUGCGUUGGACACCUGUUAUAGUUUCCAACUCAGUUGUCUCUGAAGAUGAAGAAGAGGAGACAGAGGAUGGGGAAAAUGAAGAGCAACAACAGCAGCAGAAAGAAAAAGAUCCAGAGACCAAUAUGGUAAAAUCUGUGUCAUGGGAGAAGAAAGAGCAAGAGCCAUACUCACCUACAGAGAGUGAAAAAAAGCCAGACAUUGUUGCUCCAGCCAAUUCUGCAAGGCCAAACAAACACAUUUUUCCCCUGGAUAGUCUUCCUGCAAACAGUCAGCCAUCACGAAGAGGUCGAUGGAACCGCAAGGGCAAAAAACUUCGGGAGCCCUAUUGUGAGAAAGAGCCAAUAUUGCCCAUUGAGGACGGAACAGCAAUUCCCAGUGGGCGAUGCAGUGAAUGCGAGGAGAAAUCAGCAGCCCCACGAGGCCGGUAUGCUGAAGAUGAGGAAAAAUCUGCAGUAUCCCAGGGACAGUAUGGCAAAGGGGAAAAAUCUGCAAUUCCCCGUCGACGGUACAGUGAAGAUAUGGAAAGGUGGAAAGGACAGCUGAAAAAGAACACAGAGCCACUGAAGUGUAGGUUCCCAGAGGACUGUGACAGAUUACCCCGCCGCUACAGUGAUAGCGAUAGGGUACUUCUGAGGUGUUUUAGUGAGAGUAGUGAAGAGGAAGAUGAUGAGCCUGUGAGUCCUCGGUCAACCUCUCCACCUGUUCUCACCAAGCCAACAUUAAAACGAAAGAAACCAAUUCUUCAUCGGAAGAGGCGAGUCCGCAAGCGUAAGCACCACAACAGCAGUGUUGUCACUGAAACAAUCUCAGAGACCACAGAAGUAUUGGAUGAACCCUUUGAGGACUCAGACUCUGAGCGACCAAUGCCUAGAUUAGAGCCGACAUUUGAGAUUGAGGAGGAGGAAGAGGAGGAGGAGGAUGAAGAGGAGGAGAAUGAUCUUUUGCCCAGUGGAUACUUUCGUCACUUAGCCCCACCAGACACACUCAGGCAUAGACCCUCUUCUAAGAGGAAGUCCAAAGAUGAGGAGGAGUCUGAUGACACUAAUGGUAACCCAACUUUGAAACCAUUAUCUAUGCUGAGAAAAUGUGAAGCAAAGGAUUCUUCACUUGAGCCAGAUACUUCUACACCCAUGAAAAAGAAAAAGGGCUGGCCAAAAGGAAAAAGCCGAAAACCAGUCCACUGGAAGAAAAGACCUGGUCGAAAACCAGGUUUUAAACUGAACCGGGAAAAGGUGCCACCAUCAGUUCAGGAUGAAGAAGUUGAUUCAGUGGUAGCUAAUUCAAAACCAGGGCGUAAACCCAAAAUUUCAGAUAAAGAAGAAAGUAUUGAGCAGAAAGAAGAGCUGCCUCUUGCUGAGGAAAAGAAGGAGGAAGAUGUGAAUAUGGAAGCAGAAGAGGUAGGAGAAGGAGAAGAGGAAGAUAUAGCCAGCAAUGAAGUAAGAGCAGUUUCUCCUGUGGACAGCAACAGUAGUCCAGUUCCAGAAGUAAAAGAACCUGAGAUAGAAGAGGAGAUAGAGGAGAAGCCACGGGUUUUAGAAGAGCAAAGGCAAUCAGAAGAACAGCAGGAACAAGAUGAACCUGAGCAUGACCAUGAAGAAGAAGAGGAAGUUGCAGUAGUGACAAAUCAAAAUGAAGAUCAUGAUGCUGAUGACGAAGAUGACAGUCAUCCCGAGUCUUUGAAGAAAAAAGAAUUAGAGGAACAGCCUGUUAGAGAAGGGGUGAAGGAGGAGCCUCAGGUGCAAGAAUGUUUUUUAGAAACAAGCAUACCAAGCAGUAAAGAAGAUGCAAAAGAAAAAGAUGAAGCAGAGGCGGAUUCUGAGGAAGAGCAGGCUUCCAAUGAGACAUCGAUGGGCUCGGAGCAUGUCCCUGGGUCUGAAGAUGAUCAUGAAGAAGAGCAGAAUAAUAAAGAAGGGUUAAUUGAAUUAAAAGAGGAGGAAGAGAUUCCUCAUAGUGAACUAGACCUUGAAACUGUUCAAGCAGUGCAGUCCUUGACGCAGGAGGAAAGCAAUGAGCAUGAUGUAGCCUACCAGGACUGUGAAGAAACCCUUGCAGCUUGUCAGACUUUGCAGAGUUAUACCCAGACUGAGGAGGAUCCUCAGAUAUCGAUGGUUGAAGAUUGCCAGGCCUCAGAACACAACAGUCCAAUAUCCUCUGUCCAGUCCCACCCCAGCCAGUCUGUACGUUCUGUCAGCAGCCCAAAUGUGCCUGCUCUGGAGAGCAGUUACACCCAGAUAAGUCCUGAACAAGGAUCCUUGUCCGCACCCUCUAUGCAGAACAUGGAGACCAGCCCCAUGAUGGAUGUGCCUUCAGUAUCGGACCACUCUCAGCAGGUGGUGGACAGCGGCUUCAGUGACCUUGGCAGCAUUGAGAGCACUACAGAGAAUUAUGAAAACCCCAGCAGCUAUGACUCCACUAUGGGAGGCAGCAUUUGUGGAAAUAACUCUUCCCAGAGCAGCUGUUCAUAUGGAGGACUGUCCUCUUCUAGCAGCCUCACACAGAACAGUUGUGUUGUCACUCAGCAAAUGGCAAACAUUGGCAGCAGUUGCAGCAUGAUGCAACAAAACACUGUCCAGCCUGCAGCAAACUGCAAUAUCAAGUCGCCUCAGAGCUGCGUAGUAGAAAGGCCGCCAAGCAACCAGCAACCGGCAACGCAGCCACAACAGCAACAGCCUCAGUCACAGCAGCCACAGCCCCCACCUCCACCCCAGCAGCAACCUCCACUGUCUCAGUGUAGCAUGAACAACAGCUUCACCCCAGCACCUAUGAUCAUGGAAAUACCUGAAUCAGGAAGCACUGGUAACAUCAGUAUCUAUGAGAGGAUUCCAGGGGAUUUUGGUGCUGGGAGCUAUUCGCAACCAUCAGCCACGUUCAGUUUAGCCAAGCUGCAGCAGCUCACGAACACCAUUAUGGACCCUCAUGCCAUGCCUUAUAGCCAUUCUCCUGCUGUGACUUCCUAUGCAACCAGCGUCUCUCUGUCCAACACAGGACUGGCUCAGCUAGCCCCCUCUCAUCCCUUAGCAGGCACACCACAAGCACAAGCCACUAUGACACCUCCACCAAACCUGGCGCCCACCACCAUGAACCUCACGUCGCCUCUGCUCCAGUGUAACAUGUCUGCUACCAACAUCGGUAUUCCGCACACGCAGAGGCUGCAGGGGCAAAUGCCAGUCAAGGGGCAUAUUUCCAUUCGCUCCAAGUCAGCACCACUGCCCUCUGCGACUGCACACCAGCAGCAGCUCUACGGCCGCAGCCCGCCCGCAGUUGCCAUGCAGGCUGGUCCCCGUACGCUGGCUGUUCAGCGGGGUAUGAACAUGGGGGUCAACCUAAUGCCGACCGCCCCCUACAACGUUAACUCCAUGAAUAUGAACACCCUGAACGCCAUGAACAGCUACAGGAUGACACAGCCUAUGAUGAACAGCAGUUACCAUAGUAACCCUGCCUACAUGAACCAGACAGCACAGUAUCCUAUGCAGAUGCAGAUGGGAAUGAUGGGGAGCCAGGCCUACACCCAGCAGCCUAUGCAGCCAAAUCCUCAUGGAAACAUGAUGUACACUGGCCCCUCCCAUCACAGCUACAUGAACGCUGCUGGGGUGCCCAAGCAGUCUCUCAAUGGACCAUACAUGAGAAGAUGAGCAAGAUGAACUUGCAUCCUAAAAACUGAAAUAUAUAUAAAUAAAGGAACGUUUUAUACUGACGAACCAGAGAAAAUGGACUUUUUUCCAGUUAAAAUAUUGCUGUAGAUUUAGAGAGAUUUUCUUUGGUUUAUUUUAUUUUUUAGGAAGCCUGGUCUUUAUUUUUUGGAUUUUUUUUUUUUGUUUUCUUCACAAUCCUGAAACAUUUUACAGCUAAAAUCAUUUACAGAUGUUUUUUAGAGGGGAAAACCUGCACAAAAUCUUUUCAUAAUUUAAAAAGAGCCUUACUUUGCUGACAAUGUGGACAGAAUAUGUGUAACAGUGAAAUCAUCUUCCUAAAUUUUUUUUCAGAUGUACGUCCUUCUCCCUUCCCUGUGCCCUUCUGUAUGCAGUUUCUAGUGCUGCAGUCAUGCAAAAUGUUUGACAUCUCAAAGAAUAAUAACCCUUCUCUCUAAACCCCACCUGGCAUUCCUACUUCUAGCAGGAGGCACUUAUUUGGGAGACUUGGAAGGGGACACAAUAAAUGAAGCUCUUUAUUACUGCAAGUCAGGGAAAAUUUUUCAUUUUCCCUGACUCCCUCGCCCUCAGUAAAAUUUGGAGUUACGUGUAAACAAUAAAUUUUUCACAUUGGUGUUUUUUGUAGAUGAGUUAAUUGAAAUUGUAUGUCUCAUG